GGUGGUUUUGCCUCGUUCUUAUUCACUGUGAUGAAAUGGUGAAUCUUACUGCCGUUUAAUGUUGGUGCUGUAUGGAUCAAGCCAAUCAUUUCGAAACUAACAAUACAUAUUGGUACCAAUCCUGGCGUCUUAAUAGCUGAUCGCUUAGUCGAUAUACGUGGCAGUAAGCUAGACGUAAAUAUCAAUAAACCACGCAAAGGUUAAGACAUAUUUGAGAAAGGUAGAUUUGAGGUUUCAAGGACGAUGCUUCUCUUGAGCAAAGAAUGCCGACAAGCCGGAUGACAUACCUCCAUGUCAUAGGCAGACACAACCAUCCCACACUGCUGAAAGCAUGGAUCACAAUUCUCACUAUCCAGAUAAUUAUGGACACUGCGCGCUCGACAACCACCAGCAGUACACCACCAACCACGCCAGCGGACACCACACGAGGUCAAGGCAAUGAGGGGUACAAGAAGUCUGCUGGACAACCGACCAAGGACACCAAGACCAGUGCAACAAGGGAAAACAUGAUCGUUGGUCUUUCCAUCGGUUUUGGCAGUUUUGGCGGUCUCCUCGUACUCUGUUGUGUCUGCAAGUGCAUCUGUAGCAGCAAUAACACCAAAAAUAGGAUCAACCCAGGGGACAUAUCAAAACGGCUGGGUCUGCCUGAAUGAUCACUCGUAGCUCACCAUCUAUAAAGAACACUCCUUAUAACCUUUGAAAACGGGUGGCUCGUAAUCCUAAAUGCAAUAUGCCCACUGACCAAGUCUCUGUAUUGGUUUCCUGGCUGGAACAAGGAGGCAAUUUCGGAAUGUGCUGCCACCACCUGUGUGUAAUUCACCAUGAUUGGUUGUUGGUGAAUUCCCUGGAACCCCAAUGGCUCAUGACAAAACAAAAAUUAGGAGAUUGUUUUCAACCAUAAUUUUAAGGCAUUAGUUUUAUGACUAGCCACAUGACAUCUGACGAUUUGGUUGUAGAGCUGCUGCAUACUCCAUUGCAUUGUGCCAAAGACACACACACCCGAUAUACAUGUAUAUUAAUUCUCGGUACUGGCAAUGAAUAGUACAGUAUAUGCCAUAAAUAAUAUAAUCACUCAGAGUGUGUCAAAAAGAAUUAAACAAAGUGUCUUCAAUUUUUUUACUGCUAGUGACAGACGGUCAGCAAACGCCCAUAUCUGCUGAGCAGUAUGUCAUUCACGUCUAGUGUAUUGAACGAUGUUGGCAUCGAGAUCCGAACAUCACGAGCAUAUCGCUUGCGGCCUUGAGUUACAUAAUUAGCGGUGCUUCUUGAAUCUCAUACCAACUUGCACUUAGUCCUACAUGUAUAUUAUCCUACAUUGUUAUUAAACACUUCACGAUGCCAAAUUAGUUUUCCUCUUCCAUGUGUAUUGCAAGCAUUUCUUCUUUCGAUUGAGAAAGACAACCCAACUCGGAUUUAUCCGGAGGCAAAUUGACGCACACUGGAUACGACUUCGAACGCGAUAUUCCCCUACCAUUACUCGUACUUUCCUGUUUCUCUUCUUCUCGGCUUUACGAAGGAAGUCGCGAGUUAAACUAAUGGUCCUGAUGUAGCGAUUCCUUCUCGUCGGCCGGUUUGCUAUUCGGAUGACACUU